CGUCAGAGCAGGCGGGACUACAGCUCCCAGCAGGCCUUUCGGCUGAGCACGUGCAGCAUCAUGGCGGUUUUCAUGGAUCUGAACCUGAGCUCCAGCUCCAGCGUCCGGAACCUGAUCGAGUCCGCGGCUCAGCUUGGUUUCUCCACUGUCGCCAUCAACUAUGUGUUUGAACCUUCCAAAAAGAAACAGGAGAUCCCCACGCCGACGCCGAUCAAUGAGCUGAUCGAUCAGCUGCCCAUCGUACAGGGCCGCUCUCGUCCAAUCAGAGUGCUGAACAGACUGACAGUUGUGAUGUCAGACUCCAGUCACUUUAGGCCGAACGCUGCAGAGUACCGGAGCUUCGACCUGUUGGCCGUCCAGCCGACCACAGAGAAACUCUUCCAUGCGGCUUGUUUGUUGUACGACGUCGACAUCAUCUGCAUCAUAGUCACAGAGAAACUUCCCUUCUUCUUCAAGAGGGCGCCAGUGAGCGGGGCUGUAGACAGAGGUGUUGUGUUCGAGGUCUCGUACUCUGCUGCCAUCAGAGACUCGACCAUGAGACGUUACACCAUCGCUAACGCAGUUUGUCUGAUGGAGAGCUGCAAGGGGAGGAACGUGAUCCUGUCCAGUGCAGCUGAGAAGGCUCUGGAGCUCAGAGGUCCCUAUGACGUCACCAACCUAGGUUUGUUGUUCAGUUUGUCAGACAAAGAUUCCAAAGAAGCCGUUUCCUCCACGUGUCGAUCAGUUCUACUGCACGCAGAAACCAGGAAGACGGCCAGUGGGAUCAUCUACACAAUGAAGAGCUGCAGUGACUCAUGUGACCAGCAGGAGGCUCCACCACAGUCUGAACACUGUGACGCUCCUGCUGCCAAGAAACACAAAACUGCUCCGACUGACAGCUGAAGGGGGCGGGGCUUACUGAGAUCUUCAGGUUCAUUGGUUGACUUGGUCGGCGCUGACGUUUUUAAUUUAGAUUCUUCUCCAGACUUCUGUUAUAAAAGAGGACAUUUUAUGUUGAUACGCCUUAAUAAAAAAACUUAAUGAAUUAA